AUUUGAUUAGAUCUUGGGGCAAAACUGAAAAAAAAAGGGGUUAUUGGCGAUGAUGAUGUUGAUGGAUUGUUCAACAACGAAGCUCAUUGUGGGAAGCAAAUAUUCCGCAUUCCUGCUGGCCUGUGACGCUCAAGCUACAAAUUACUGCAGAUAUCUGUUUACUUAUCUUCCACCUUCAAGAAUGCCUGUCUUCACUCAGAAUCCAACCCGUUCGCUUGUCACUGCACCGUUAUCGCAGGCGUGCGAGAGAGCUUCUGUUGUCCUUGUUCGGAGCAGCCCACGGAUUUACGGGGCCAGCAAGGACAACUACCCUCGUCCCCGGGCCUUGGCACGCUCGACGAAGGUCCGCUUGUUUUCGACGCGACGCUCGUUCGGGAAGCCGAUCGUUCAGGGGUGGUUAUGACAUGAGAAAUUGGGCCUGUCACUUUAUUGCCAGCGACACAUCUUGUAUCGGAUUCGCGGCACACUCUUUCUUUCCCAUUAUUCAUCGUGUUCUUCUGUUUUCUUUUUAAACCUUCUGCGCCGCGGUCUCUUCCCGGUGUCGGUCCUUCAUUCCAUCAUUCCUUUUGGCUACCCACCAGGACCCACGCCUUUCUCCCCCUUGUUGCUUAUCUACAGGCACCCGACACGGUCUUGAUCCGGGCCUGGAACACAAAGCUUGCUCGGCUUGCUGUUACUCAACUUGAUUAUCCCUUCUUUGGCGCGCAAGCCCAACAACCACCGUCAAGAUGGACGUGGUCCUCGAGGUCACCGACCAGUUCAUGUUCGAUUACAUGUACGCCUGGCUACUACCAGCACGACCUGCUCUCUAUGAUUUCCCCGACAAGACCAAUGGCACCGCACAAGCUUUCUCGUCCUGGGUGUAUGAGCCCGCGACCAAGUUCUUCUCGCUCGAGCCUUCGCAGGCGGCCUACCAGAGUAUCUGGACAAGAGACAACAUCUACCGUCAGGCUCUAUCGCUCUUUUUAAUACUAUGGCUCUUCGGUCUCGUAACCUACUACGUCUUCGCCUCCCUCUCCUACAUCUUCGUCUUCGACAAGAAGACUAUGGAGCACCCCAAGUUCCUUAAGAACCAGGUCUGGCUCGAGAUCAAGCAGACCAACGCCGCCCUGCCCGUCAUGGCGUUCUUCACAUUCCCCUUCCUGGUUGCCGAAGUGCGCGGUUACUCACUCCUCUACGACACCACGGCCGAGGGUCCUGGUCGCUGGUACGACUUCUUCCAGUUCCCACUCUUCAUCAUGUUCACCGAUUUUGGCAUCUACUGGAUCCACCGUGGCCUUCACCACCCGCUCGUGUACAAGCACCUGCACAAGCCUCACCACAAGUGGAUCAUGCCAACUCCCUAUGCCAGCCACGCCUUCCACCCCAUCGACGGUUUCGCCCAGAGCAUCCCCUACCACAUUUUCCCCUUUAUCUUUCCGCUCCAGAAGAUGGCGUACGUCGGCCUUUUCGUGUUUAUCAACUUCUGGACCAUCAUGAUCCACGACGGCGAGUACUAUGCCAAUAACCCCGUGAUCAACGGUGCCGCCUGCCACUCGGUUCACCACUUCGCCUUCAACUACAACUACGGCCAGUUCACCACGCUGUGGGACCGCCUCGGCGGCAGCUACAGGGAGCCCGACGGUGACAUGUUCGCGAAGGAGAAGAAGAUGAGCACAACGACGUGGAAGAAGCAGGUCAACGAGAUGGAGAAGAUUGUCAAGGAGGUGGAGGGUGAGGAUGAUCGGCUUUACGAGCCGACCGAGACUAAGAAGUCGAAAUAGAGUGAAGUGCGAGAAAAAACGAGGAGGAAUAGAAAUCUCACCAGUUCUGGUUGAUGUCAUUUUUUUCUCCCUCAAGGGAAGGAAAAAAAAAAGAAAAAGAAAAAAGGACAAAUGGGAUUAACGAAUCAGCGUCAUCCGGCCAAGACCAAGCCACCCGGUCUUAUGGUCCUGGAUCAGGGACCCGGGUUGAAUGGUUGGCUGACACCAAGGAUCUGCGACCCUUCAUGCGAUGUGGGAUGGUGGCACGGACGGCGGUCGAUGACAACUCAACACACGAACGAGAACGGCGGUACACCACAUUGGAUACGGAUGUAUACCAUCUGGAAACCCGCCGCGCCGGACCAGCUUAACAAAAGGCAAGAGGGUACUAUAAUACAGUACCCACCAUGAAGGAGGAGUUAGUCUCAUAAACCAAAUGAUGGAAUGACUGAAUAUAGGUAACUGGAUUGGGACGGAUGGAGCUAAUAACAACACAUUCAAGAAAAACAAAAACAGUGGUCACUCACUGUUUGUCCAUUAGAAGGAUUCUAAUAACCUACUCGUUGUACAUACUUUAUAUCAUUUUAUAUAUACCCGCAUCUUUGCACAUACGCAUCAUGUACGGAUCUAUCUGUUGUCCCUCGAGGCAAUGAAACAUAUGCUGGAAAGGUUGCCGUUCAGAUGACCAUAUAUAAUGACACAGACAGGCAAAGAACACAAGAAGAUAGUUCUCAAAGGAUGAGAGCCAGCCUCCGAGUAAACAACACAAACCUAGGCGGUCACUGUCCCCAAGUCAUACAACAACCCAUCGCUCCACUAUGGCACAGGCGACAUGUACUUCCAAAUUCAGUAUCCUGGUAGGUAUGACCAGUGUUACUAGCAUGUCUUGCUUUCCUGACAUCUUCAAGGGAACAAGGCGAGGCAUCACAUAUAUGAGUAAACCGAAACGAAAUGGCCAAGCCACACAACACAAGACCAUAGGUACAACAUAAAUUAGAAGGCCAAGCAAACGCUAAGAUUGCUUCUGAGCUUGGAACGCCCCCGUUGAACCGGAGAUAAGCGAAACUGGAGGCCUCCUGUCACUUCCGC